AUGUCACAGGUACCGAUGGAGAUGCCGGACUUAUCAAAUGCCAUUAUGGCCCAGGAUGAAAUGGGUAGGCCGUUUAUUAUCGUGCGAGACCAAGGGAACAAGCAGAGGCAACAUGGGUUAGAGGCUAAGAAGUCGCACAUCUUAGCAGCAAGAGCUGUGGCAUCUAUCAUCAAGACUUCGUUGGGACCUAGAGGACUAGAUAAGAUUUUGAUUUCGCCCGAUGGAGAGAUUACUAUUACCAACGAUGGGGCAACGAUCUUGUCGCAGAUGGAGCUAGAUAACGAGAUCGCCAAACUCCUGGUUCAGCUUUCAAAGUCCCAGGAUGAUGAGAUUGGUGAUGGGACGACAGGUGUGGUAGUUCUAGCUAGCGCCCUGCUCGAUCAGGCUCUAGAAUUGAUCGAAAAAGGUAUACACCCAAUUACGAUCGGGAAUGGUUUUGAUGAUGCGGCCAAAUUAGCUAUCCAAAAGCUAGAAUCACAGGCAGACGAUGUGGCAGGCGACCCUAAAUCAUUUAAGGAUUACUUGUUCAAAGCUGCGAAGACUUCGCUAGGGUCGAAGAUCGUUUCUAAGGAUCACGAUAAGUUUGCCCAAAUGGCUGUCGAUGCAGUUACUAGAGUCAUGGAUACCGAGAGGAAAGAUGUGGAUUUUGAAUUGAUCAAGCUGGAAGGACGUGUUGGUGGUUCUUUGAGGGAUUCUAAGUUGAUUGAUGGUGUUAUACUAGACAAGGAUUUUUCACACCCUCAAAUGCCUAAAGAGGUGCUACCAGCAGAAGGGAAGAAAGACGUUAAACUUGCCAUUCUAACGUGUCCAUUUGAGCCUCCAAAACCAAAGACAAAGCACAAGUUGGAUAUUUCAUCUGUUGAAGAAUAUCAAAAAUUGCAAACUUACGAGCAGGAUAAAUUUAAAGAGAUGAUAGAUUGCAUCAAAGAAGCAGGUGCCGAUGUGGUCAUCUGUCAAUGGGGCUUCGACGAUGAGGCAAAUCAUUUACUAUUACAAAACAAAUUACCAGCGGCAAGGUGGGUUGGUGGUCAGGAAUUGGAGCUAAUUGCUAUUGCUACUCAUGGUCGCAUUGUUCCACGUUUCCAGGACCUUUCGCCUGAAAAAUUGGGUAAGUGUAGCAAGAUAUAUGAGAUGGAAUUCGGUACCACUAAAGAUCGUAUGUUAGUUAUUGAACAAUGCUCAGAUGCCAAGACCGUGACCUGUUUCAUUCGUGGUUCGAAUAAGAUGAUAGUUGACGAGGCUAAACGUGCAUUGCACGACGCUCUCUGUGUGGUUCGUAACCUAGUAAAGGAUUCUCGUGUCGUCUACGGUGGUGGUGCUGCUGAAGUAGCGAUGUCCAUUGCAGUCUCCGAGGAAGCCGACAGACAGCGCGGCAUUGAUCAAUAUGCUUUCCGCGCAUUUGCACAGGCUUUAGAUACUAUUCCAAUGACUCUAGCAGAAAACUCUGGCUUGGAUCCAAUUGAAACUUUGACCCUGCUGAAAAGCAAACAAAUCAAGGAAGAAACUGCUCUCACUGGUGUAGACUGUCUAAGUAAGGGCAGCAACGAUAUGAAGGAACUAUUCGUUGUGGAUCCUUUUAUUGGCAAGAAACAACAGAUAAUGUUGGCUACACAACUCUGUAGAAUGAUCUUGAAAAUCGACAACGUUAUCAUUAGUGGGAAAGAUGAAUACUAA